GCGUGCUCCGUGAAAGGUUUUCGUUGCCAUGGCCUUCUUCGGCCUAACCGCUCUAGGCCCGCAGAACAGCUUUCAGGUGUCCCUUCUGGACUUCAGCUAUCUUGAUGUUUUCACGGCUUUGGACAUAGAGAAAGCAUUCAACAUCGUCGAUCAGGAGAAGCGAGGCCACAUACACUCGGACCAGGUUGAAGCGUUCCUGACCGAGUUGUACCACGGGAAGCCGAAAGCUUGCGAUCUGGCUAGAUUUAUGGAAAAGAAGAGUUCGUUUGAGGGGCAGGAGAACCGCGUGACGUUGGACGAUAUUCAAUCUACGAUGACCCAGCUCAGGAAGGAGGUGGAGGAAGAAACAAAUCAGGCCAAGUGGCACAAGGGCUCGGGCUCAGACCUUAGUUCAAACCAAAACUUCCGGGAAAAAGUGCGGCGACACGAGUACAUCGCGAGGGGCCCGCGUGAGCGCUACGCUAGGACGGUGACCGCUGUCCAAGAACAUGGGUGGCAGGACCAACUCGAUAUCAACAAACAAAUGGUGCACGGAAAGAAGAGCUGUGCCGAGACAGUGUAUGCAUCCGAGCUGGUCAAGAGUGGGGUAUACUUCUGAGCAAACUUCCUUGGGAUAAUCUAUACGUUUGAAACUACACCAUCGGAGCGUGAGCUCUUGCCUCCGGUUAACGUUUCGUCCGAACGAGGACGGGGUUUCCUCUUGGCGAGGCGUCUCUUCGUGAAACGGAAAUGGUGUGCUUUGGCGGAAAACACCACGCCCUACUUGUGAAAAGAUGGUGUGCCUGGCUGGUCCACCUUGACAUAUCGUUCCAGUAGGAUCGCGUGCUCUGCCUGCUUCCCUCCAACAGCGUGUUGAACAUGUGCAAUCGUAGUAGUAGGAACGCGUUUGUCUUGGUGUAUCAUGGGAUUCGUGUGAAGUGAGAAUAAUAUGUCGAGGCCCAGUGACAACAGACAAACACGA